UCAACCUCAUAUUCCAUUGUAUUUGCAAUUCUACCCCUCCCUCCCUCAGACAAUUUCACUUGGACUUCAAAAUGGGCCAAGCCAAGUAAGCCCAUGAUAUCAAAUGGGCCUCACAAGUGGGGCCAACUUCUAGACCCUCUUCUUAUCUUUCCCGCGUGAACCGGUUAGUUUGUCACUUUAUCUUUUUGGUUCACAAGAGUUCCAGUCAGUUAGUCAGUUAGUAAAAUUGGCAACAGAAGACCUUCCAUCUGAUCGGUUUGUUACUUUUGUUUCACAAUAACAAAGUAAGGAACCCUCCGAGGUUGUCUCCUUUGCCACUCAUUUUAGCUCCUUUAUUUCCAAGCCCCAAAUUGUACCAUCUUUUGGAUCACUAUAACUGUGAUUUUUAAGGGUAUUCAGCUUUUAUCUUAAAGAUCUUCUGGGUUUGAUUUGAUUUAAAGGUUCGAUAUCGAAAAGGGUUUUCGAAGAUUCAAGUAACGACCUUUUAUUUACGUGUGUUGAUUAUUUUGGGUUUCCAUUUCGUGGUAAGUUUGUUGCUCAAAACCCAGUUUCCAGAGUCAAAGAUAUGCAUCUCUUAGGGUUUGAUUUGUGAUUAACCUUUAUGCAUGAUUCAGAUUAAGAUUAGGGUUUUGCUUGAAAUUUUGAAAGAUUUUUGUGAAAGUCUAUGAUUGUGAUGUUUAUUCUUCUUCUAUAAUUUACUUUUAUUUAUGGCGAGAAGGAUUCAAACUUGAUUGCACAAGGCAUGCAUACUACCCUGACAACUGACUUAGCCUACAUAUGAUUAGGAUGUUUAAAGUGCUACCAUACGUGAAAGUAUGCUUGUGAUGAUUAUUGAAAUGUUGCAUUUAGCCCUCAACGUGUUUGCAUAAAAGCCAGCAACUGACCAGAUUUUUGUUCUUUCAUUUUUGUUGUCAUAUUGUGUAUAAAUAGUUCAUUAUUGUUGAUAUUGUUCAUACCAUGCAGUUAAAUAUCAAUUAGAGACAGGCUUUGAAGAUAAUCAACUGUUGCAAAUUAUAAACUCAUGGAUGAUGCAUAUAGGGAUGAAUGUGGUAAUAAGCAUCUAAGGGUGAAUUUUGAAAGCGAUGCGGUUAAUUACCGCCGAAAUUCAAGCUUCCCAUCAUCCUCGAAAUCAUCACCAUCAUCACCAUCAUCAUCAUCAUCGUCAUCUCCACGUUCAUCGCUGGAAUCAUUUGUCAAUGACAAAAAAGAUGGCAACAAUCCCUGCGUAACAAGGACACGACCAGACCAGGAGUCUCAGGGGGCUCUAUCAUUACCAGAGGGUUAUUCUUCUCCGAGUCUGCCUGGGAGCAUGCAAAGCGGAUCAUCUGCGCAAUCCUCUCCGUUUCAGAUGAUGGGAAGGCCUGCAGGUUAUGACCCGAGUCGAAUCCCAUCGAAUAUUUUCGCCAGUAAACCGCCAGCAGGCAUGGAUUGGAGUGUUGCUUCAAAUGAAUCAUUGUUUAGUCUUCAUGUGGGGAACAACAGCUUCUCGAGAGAUCAAUUCGCUUUGCUGAAUAAGUCCGGAGAGCUUUACAAAUCCGGAGAGCUUUAUAAAUCCGGUGAACUGACGAGGCAUGAUGAAUACAUCUACAUUCCAACUCCACUUCCCACAGUUACUGAGGUAGAAACUAUUGAAAUAAAGAUUCACAAUGUGGGGAAAGAGAAGGUUGAAAACAGGGCUCCGAACAUGGAGGCGAAAAUCGAAGAAAAUGAGAGUGCAAAUGUGGAAUAUAAGGUUGAAAGCAUGAGGGAAAAUGUGGAAACGGAAUCAGUAGAAGAAACAGAAGGACCAGAUGAAUCUGCAAAUGCAAAAGCCGUAAAAAAGGAAAAGGUGCCUCUUAUCGGAGAAAUUCGGAAUUCUGCUGCUUCAUACCAAUCUGAUGGGAGCAAUAACAGCACCAAGUCAUUCCAGUUUCCAGUGUUGGAAAAUCAUGAGGUUGAAAGAAAUAUCCCUGCAGAAAUAAACUCAGGAAAGCUACAGUCAGCGCAUGCACAGCAGGAGAUGCAUAAGCAAGUAGGGACUGAGGCCCAAGAAACACCCCUAAAGGCAGCCACAACUCAAACAACUAGUUGGUUUUCGUGUUUCUGUUGUUGCACCGCCCGCCGUUGAUCUAAAAAGCCUUCAUAGGUAGUCUGAUGCUUUGGAUUUCAAAGUUGCUUCCUACCCAAGUUUCAAAGAAUCUCAAGGCUUGUCCAAUUGGUGGAGUUCCACUAGGGGUUAGAUUUGGAACUCCAACUAGGGUUUGGGUUGAAGAGAAGCCACAGAAAAAGAAGAAACCAAGAGAGCGAUGAAAAAGUGAAAGUUGAUGUGCAUAGAGAUCUAUACUAUAUGAUGUUUAACGGUAGAUUGAAAAAUGAUGUAGAUAGAUCUAUAUCAUGUACAUAGAGCAGUUGGUUUUUCACUUAACACUACUAUUUAUAUAUACUUUUGCU